AUGAAGUACAAUCCAGAUAGGCCAGAAGCAUAUGACCUUGCAAAUCUCCCAAUGAGAACAGCACAAUCAUACUGGGAGAUAAUUAAGAAAUUGUUUGCUGCCACAUCAAAGACUGCCAGAGCAGUGAUUACAAAGUCCACAGGAGUAUCACGGCUACCAUUAUGUGCAGCCAGUAGGGCUUUCUUGCACCCAACUUAUUUCCCUUUAGAUCCUUUUCAUCUCUUCUACGAGAAUGGUACAGCCUUUAUAUGGGAUAUUUGGACAAUAUCCAGCUCAGAGACAGAAAUCAUCCAUUUGCCAGCUAAUAAAGCACGGGCAUUUGGAUCUCUUGUAGCAAAGGCUAUGGUAUCUCUCCCACCUUCUUUCUGUGGCCCAAUCCGUGAUCCUCAUUUGAAGUGCCAGAGUCAAUAUAAAGUAUACGAGUGGAUGGCACUUCUCCACUGGUACAUCAUUCCAAUUGGAAUUGAACUAGGAUUCAAUUCACUAGUUUUGCAAAAUUUUUCGCUUUUUGCAGAAGCUGUGGAAUUUGCAAUGACUAUUUCAGAACGAACAGAAAAGGAGCUGGAAGGGCUUCGAAGCCUUAUAAUCAAAUUUCUUACAGGCUUUGAGAAGCUCUAUGUCGAUGGAGAUCCAGAAAAAAUCUCACGCAUGUGUUUGUGCAUCUUUCAACUGAUUCAUGUUCCCACCCAUAUAAAAUGGAAUGGAUCAAUCCGACUAGGAUCCCAGGCUACGGUGGCGCGAAGCAUUGGUGAGAUGGGCCACAAAAUCCAUUCAAAAAAGGCUCCAUUUGCUAAUCUGGCAAACAUUAUAUCUGAGCGAGAGCUAGUCAAGAUUCUCUUGCUUUAUCUCCCUGCACUUGAUAUCAAUGCAAAUGCCUCAAAAGAAAUGAAAAAGAAUGACAGUAAUUUGAUUCAGAAGCGCAAAAUUACAAAGAGAGAAGGCCAGAAUGAGCAAGUCAUUUGUGAACUUGAUGCCAUUAAUGCAUGGUUAAAGGAGGCCAAUGUCAAGGAAAAAUUUGUGGCAAAGGAGAGAUAUGGCAAAUUAAGAUUGGCCAAUGGACAAAUUUUGGGUAGCCGUCUGAGUACUUCUCAGGUAGAUAACUCAUUGACCCGCAUGCAGAAGUGGUUCAAGGCUAAAAAUACCCAUGCCCAAGCUAGUUCCACUACAAGCACCCCACCUGGGUCAAACACUCCAAAUAUAUUGAAUCACACUUUUGGUGAAGCGAAUUCAUUCUACAAGGUGGAACUGACAAACAAGACUUAUAUUCUGGUGGUAUAUACUCCACUUAUCAAUGUGCAACAAGUUCUGAGAACUCAAAUACGAGGGAAAUGGGAAAGCCCUACUACUCUGAAGGUCAUUGAGGCAAGCCAAAUUCUAGAUCUUGUUGGAAUAUGGAGUGCUGAGGCAUCUAAAAAUAUUUAUGUGUUGAGGAAGCACCCAGGUUUGGCAAUGUUAAGUGCAGUUGAGUCUGGAAAAGGGGAUGAAGGUAAUGAUACAGAUGAUAGUGAUUCAGAUGAGGAAUAG